AUGUGCGGUGUGCAUCAACUCCCGACUCAUGCCUCAGGAGGGACGCAACGUGUGAUCGGCACGCCGCCCGCCCGCGAGCAUCGCCGUGCGCUCCACUACGCAGGGGGUAGCGUUGAUCCGCACGCCCAGCGCGCCACGGGGCUGGGAUGGUCCCGCUUCGCCAGCGAGAUCCAAGCGACCCAGAGCUGCAUGCCGUCGUCGACGACGCAGUGCCGGGCGUCCAUCUGCCCUACGAGGAUCCCCCCGAGACAUCACCGCAGAGCAGGCGCCAAGCGAGGCAGCCACACUCUCCUCCCCACCGGCUGGGCAAGGCUGCUUUCGCACCCUCACUCAUGCUCGCCACGACCAGAAAGGAAGGUCGUUAAGAACCCUCUCACCAACCCCCCCUCCCUCCAGCCAACCAUGAACCCCUUCAGAGCACAGGUGGACGCCCCCUCAAGCUGCUGGAAGGCGACCGCGGCGCGAGACUAG